AUGGGGGAGAGGUUGCAAAGUCAGAAAGUCUAUGUUUGCUCUUUUUUUGACUGUAAAGCUAAAUUCAGUAAGUCAUGGAAGCUAGAGGCUCACCUUUGCAAACACACAGGAUUGAAACCUUUCUCCUGUGAGAACUGUGACAAGAGCUUUUGCACUCGCUAUCAACUCACCAGACAUGAGCUCAGUCACAGUGGGGAAAAACCACACAAGUGUUUGGCUGAUGGAUGCUCUGAGGCGUUUGUCACAAAUGGCAGCAUGAAGAACCACAUGGCUCGAGUUCACCAGCACAAGGAGAAACGCUAUCGAUGUGACCAUCAGGGCUGUGGAAAGGACUUCAACAAGAGGAACAAACUGAAAGCCCAUCAGUGUGAGCACCAACAGCUUCUGCCAUUUCAUUGUACUUUCAGUGGCUGUGCAAAAGAAUUUCCCUCUCAAGGAAAACUGAAGCAUCAUGAGCGAAUGCAUGCAGGUUACCCUUGUGAGAAUGCGGAGUGUCCUUUUAAAGGAAAGACGUGGACAGAAUAUCUGGAGCACAGAAAAGAACAUAAAGUCAAGGUGCCGUGUGGAACGUGCAAAAAGCUGUUUUACAACACCUGGUUCUUGCGCCAGCAUGAGCUGCAUGUCCACUCUGGGGAGAAGAGGGUGCUGUCGUGCCCCAGAAAAGGGUGCAAUAAGAAGUUCACUCGUCGGUUCAACUUGGAGAGUCACGUACAGGGAGACCAUGAGGGCAAGAAGCCCUUUAGCUGUGCGUAUGCUGGCUGUGGGAAGAGCUUUGCCAUGAAGGAAAGCUUGUGGCGACAUGGAGUGGCACAUGACCCAGCAAAGAAAAAGAUAAAGAAACUGCAUCCUAAAAAGAAUCAGCCCUGGCGUGUGGCGCUGCGGGUCAGACUGUCAGCUGCAGCCAAUCAAGCAGAGACCAAGCUUGCUGAGAAGCUGCGCAAAACAACUUUAAAGGAUAACAAAUCUUGA